CUGGGCGGUACUACAGUCAGUCAGAAGAAGCAUAACACACGGUCGAGCUCGAAGGAUCGCAGGCAUUUUGCAUGUGCGUGUAAAAUCUGUGUUUUACUUGGAUUCAAGUUAAGACCAAGACUGUGUUCAAGCAUCGGGACGUACAGGCAUCCAUCUGAUGACGAAUUGCAGUGAAACAUAAGGAUUUGGAAGGCAGAUAUAUCAGUGUAGUAGAAACGGAUAUAGUGGAUCGCUACCUCGUCGGCUGUCGACUACCAUAGCUUUUUUGGCCGGAGUGUAUUUGGAUGGUAUUGAAGGUUAAACGUCAGUGUGUCUGGAUUGCAGUAGUCGCUUUGUCGUGUCGCUGUGAUUUCUGAAAUCGCUGACUGCGAGAAUAAGCCGUUGUCUUUUUAGUAAAUCACUUUUUUUUAUCAUUCCGAAAAACAAGUUAUACAACAGGAAGGUGUAGCUAUACAGUUGCAUUAUCUGGCGAGGUCCUAAAGCCCGUCGUGUUUCUGUCACAGCGCCGUUUUUACGGUCCAAAUGGUUGAGUUGGGGUCGAUUUCCAAACAAUUUCACACUAUGGAAAUGAAAUUGUUAGAACAAGGUUGAAUAAGAAUUUUUUUUUUUUUUUUUUUUUUACAGUCGUAACGUUACAUUCCGCCGGACAACUUGCUACCUAGUUAGCUAUUUUAGUUAGCUACGCAUCGUAGCUAGAAAUCGAAAACAAUUCUGGUAUUAUCAGGUACACUUGUCAGCAAACGUCGAUUUUUAACAGCGACGUUGGGACUUCAGCGAUAAUAUAACGCUCGCUGUUUAGUUACCAAGGAGUAGCUAGUAACCGUAAGUGAUGGUGGUUAAUACUAUCCACUGGUUCAGGAAGGGACUACGUCUGCAUGAUAACCCUUCGCUUCGGGAAUCCAUCCAAGGCUCGGACACUGUACGAUGCGUUUACAUUCUUGACCCCUGGUUUGCGGGGUCGUCCAACGUGGGAAUUAGCAGGUGGAGGUUCCUGCUGCAGUGUCUGGAGGAUCUGGACGCCAGCCUCCGCAAACUCAACUCCCGCCUGUUCGUGAUCCGGGGCCAGCCCACCGACGUCUUCCCCCGGCUCUUCAAGGAAUGGAAGAUCAGCUGCCUGUCCUACGAGUACGACUCGGAGCCGUUCGGGAAGGAGCGCGACGCCGCCAUCAGGAAGCUGGCCAGCGAGGCCGACGUAGAGGUGGUGGUGCGCACCUCUCACACCCUCUAUGACCUGGACAAGAUCAUCGAGCUGAACGGAGGCCAGUCCCCGCUGACCUACAAGCGCUUCCAGACGGUGAUCAGCCGCAUGGCGGCGGUGGAGAGGCCCGCCGAGGCCAUCACGGCCAAGGUCAUGGGGAGGUGCUCCACGCCCGUCGCCCACGACCACGACGACAAGUUCGGCGUCCCGUCCCUGGAGGAGCUGGGCUUCGACACGGACGGGCUGCCCACAGCCGUGUGGCCCGGGGGCGAGACUGAGGCUCUCACUCGUCUGGAGAGACACCUGGAGAGGAAGGCGUGGGUGGCGAACUUCGAGAGGCCGCGGAUGAACGCCAACUCCCUGCUGGCCAGCCCCACGGGGCUCAGCCCCUACCUGCGUUUCGGCUGCCUGUCCUGCCGUCUGUUCUACCUGAAGCUCACGGACCUCUACAAGAAGGUCAAGCGCAACAGCUCGCCCCCCCUGUCUCUGUACGGCCAGCUCCUGUGGAGGGAGUUCUUCUACACGGCCGCCACCAACAACCCGCGCUUCGACAAGAUGGAGGGCAACCCCAUCUGCGUGCAGAUCCCCUGGGACCGCAACCCCGAGGCGCUGGCCAAGUGGGCCGAGGGCCGGACCGGCUUCCCCUGGAUCGACGCCAUCAUGACCCAGCUCCGGCAGGAGGGCUGGAUCCACCACCUGGCCCGGCACGCCGUGGCCUGCUUCCUCACCCGCGGGGACCUGUGGAUCAGCUGGGAGGAGGGCAUGAAGGUGUUCGAGGAGCUGCUGCUGGACGCAGACUGGAGUGUGAACGCGGGCAGCUGGAUGUGGCUCUCCUGCAGCUCCUUCUUCCAGCAGUUCUUCCACUGCUACUGCCCCGUGGGCUUCGGCCGCCGCACUGACCCCAACGGAGACUACAUCAGGCGCUACCUGCCCGUCCUGAGGGGCUUCCCGGCCAAGUACAUCUACGACCCCUGGAACGCCCCGGAAAGCGUGCAGAAGGCGGCCAAGUGCGUGAUCGGGGUGCACUACCCCAAACCCAUGGUGCACCACGCCGAGGCCAGCCGGCUCAACAUCGAGCGCAUGAGGCAGAUCUACCAGCAGCUGUCCUGCUACAGGGGCCUGGGUCUCCUAGCAACCGUGCCGUCCAACCCCAGCGGGAGCGGCGAUGGGGCGUCGGCCGCGGGGGGCUGCGCCGCCGAGGGACCACAAGAGGGCGCCACUCCCACCGCAGGGUACCAGCUGUGCGCGACGCCCCAGAUUGAGUGGAACACGGGGGGGCUCCCCUACCCGACCACAGAACCCCAGCAGCAAGGACUCUCGGCGGGGGGCAACAGCGUGGUGUGCUACAGACAAGAGUCUCCACUGACCCACGGCAUCCUGCAAGGUCCCCACAGCGGCGCCCUCAGCACAGUGAAGCGCCACAGUGAGGACCCCUCCCCCAGCGUCUGCUCCAAGGUCCAGAGACAGAGCAGCAACUAGCCCUGCAGGGAAAGGACAGGGCGCAGGACCUGAUCUCCAUGCUGUUAUGUUUAUCUGUGUCUGCUCUCGGUGGGGGGAAAAAACCCCAUCCUUUCUGUAAGCACAUUUCCACAUUUGUAAUGUUUUGAACUGUAUAUUAUUACUGCAGACCAAUGUGUAAAUAAAGUUCUUUGAUUUACCCCGUUCAUAUACGAAAUAUGUAAAUAUUUGAUAUCUUUUUUUGUGUUUAGUUAUAGACCAUUGAUAUAUUUUUGAUAUGAGAGAUAUGAUACAUUGCAGAUGGGAGUUUUGUUCUGUACGGACAUCUUCAAUUAAAAUAAAAUAUUCUGACAGCUGUUGGAGGAGGUUCUCCAAGCAUCUCGUCAAGCUCACAGACUCUCUCUGCUGCCUAAUUUGAGAUUUGGCUCAAACUAGCUGCAGAUACCUCCCCGUCUCUCCUCCGCCUCUCUAUCCAUCCAUCUUUUUCACAGUAUUGUUCCCGUUUAUACACCAAAUGUACCGGAUCGUGUGGUGCUUCUUGUCUGUUUCGGAUUGUGCUUGUUUAAUUAAAUAUAUUGGUUAAUACAA